UGGCGGCGCCUGCGCUAGAUGGUUCGGGGUUGCUGUGGAAACCGGGCCUUGGGUCUCCCGAGGCUUCUCAGCGGCCUAGCCGAGCGUGGCUUUCUAUCUCCCACCCAACACCUGUCUUUCCUGCCGGUUGUCAGCCUCCCGGGGGGAGUCAGAAACUCUCCUGGUUUCACCCUCAGCUGCCCCGGAUGAAUCUUUCCGCCCGAAGCUCCUUUGCCCCAUCAGUGUUCCCCACUCUCACCCCCUCAUCCUCGCUGCCCUCUUGUAGUACACAGCCCUUCCCACUCCCAGCCCCGCAGCGCGCGCCACUAGGAUGAAGUUGAGCAAACUGCUGGAAACCUCAAGAUAAUAAAAUGUGAGGCUGGAUGAACACAGCAGGCCAAGCAGCAUCUCAGGAGCACAAAAGCUGACGUUUUGGGAAACCUCACUGUGUGUUUCUUUUGUCCACAGGCUGUUGGACUGGAGUGGAAGCAGCUGUUUGCCUGUGAAUUGGAAGUUCAAGAAGUAAACCAUGGGGGAACGGAAAGGUGUGAACAAGUACUACCCACCUGACUUUGAUCCUGCAAAGCAUGGAUCCCUCAACAAGUACAGGAACAGUCACCCUCUGCGGGAAAGGGCACGGAAACUCUCCCAAGGAAUUCUCGUUAUCCGGUUUGAGAUGCCAUAUAACAUCUGGUGUGAUGGUUGUGGGAAGCACAUCGGAAUGGGUGUCCGGUACAAUGCAGAGAAGAAGAAAGUUGGGAAUUACUACACAACCCCCAUCUACAGGUUUCGGAUGAAAUGCCAUUUGUGUGUGAAUCACAUCGAGAUGCAGACUGACCCAGCCAACUGUGACUAUGUGAUAGUGAGUGGAGCACGACGCAAAGAGGAACGAUGGGACAUGAAGGACAAUGAGCAGAUAUUAACAACUGAGCAUGAAGAGAAGAAGAAGUUGGAAACAGAUGCAAUGUACAAGCUGGAACAUGGAGUCAGUGACCAAGAGAAGCUGAAAAUUGCCAUUCCCACCCUGUCUGAUAUCCAGGAGAUGCAGAGUGCCUGGAAAGAUGACUUUGCCAUUAACAGCAUGCUGCGCAAGAAAUUCCGGGAUGAGAAGAAGGUGUUGAAAGAAGUGGAAGAGAAAGAUGAAGCUCUUCGGAACAAAGCAUCUCUCAGUAUCCCUCUGGUUCAGGAAUCUGAGGACGAUAAACACCUGGCUUCACUUCUCAAAUUCCAGGCAAUGGAUUCGUACGAGGACAAGCAAAAAUUGAAAAGGAAGGAAAUAACCUCCCGGUCCUGGUUUGCACCAUCACAAGUCACAGUAGGAGAGAAGGCUGGUGAGACUUUGAAAAAACUGGGCCUGAAUAAAAUAUCAACAACCAAAUCCACAAACAGCCCAAAUGGAUUUGCUGCCAGUAAUCUUGGAAUAAUCCGACGGAAAGCAGAAAGCCAGAAACAGCAGUCGCUCUUGGUCAGCAGAGAAAAGGAUUCCAGUCUGGAAAUGAUAAACAGAACCGAUCAAAAGGACCAUAUUCCAGACAGAACACCUGAAGAGAAUGUUAACGAUUUGAGGGGAGAAACUGAUAUUUACCUACAGACUGAGGCAGUGGUGGACUCUGAUCGAGAUCUCAGUACCAGCUCCCUUGUUGCAGACUAUUCUGACUCCAGUUCAGACACUGACAUUCUCUGAGCUUCGCCUGUAUGUAAAUAAAUGCAGACAGAUUUAUGUUUCAUGACAUAUUCCUGUAGAAUAAAUACUCGUAUUAACCUGU